AGAGAAGAGAAAUGUUCAGCAGUUCAUCUCAUAGCACCACCACGUUCCGAACAGCCCCAAAAUGGCCUCACGAGUCGAGGAGAAGCACCCUCAUUCAUCACUCCCCUCCUCCUCAACGGAGAAGAAGCUCAGCUCUCUCCUCCCUAUCAACAAGCUUAUUGUCCCCCUCUUCCUCUUCUUUGUUUUGUCGCUUCUCUUGUUCCUCUACGUCUCCCCGCAGUUCCAACCCCCACAACCCGACGCAUCUUCGCACAGCUUGCAAGCUGCAUGCGACGCCGACAUAGCCUCAUUCUACAUCUACGACCUGCCCGACCGCUUCGACUGCGACCUCAUCCGCCGCUGCCGCAGCCUCAGCCCCAGCAGGAACAUGUGCCCCUACGUCGCCAACCGCGGCCUCGGCCAGCCGGUCCCGGACCGCCCCGACUGGUUCGUGACGAACCAGUUCGUCGCCGAGAUGCUCUUCCGCGCCCGCGCCGAGCGCCACCCUUGCCGCACCUUCGACCCCGGCUCUGCCGCUUUGUUCUACAUCCCCUUCUACGCCGGCCUGUACACGUCGUCGGUGUCCCGACAGAGGAACCACACUCUCCGCGACGCGCUCGGCGUCGACCUCGCGGAUUACGUCUCCAGGUUUCCGACGUUCCGCCGCCACGGCGGACGCGACCAUUUUCUCAUCACCGGCCGCACGUCGGGGGAGCUAAUGCGGUCUGCCAGCAGGGCAAGCGAGAACUCGUCCACCAACCGCCUGCUCCGCCUUCCGGAGCUCGCCAACAUGUCGAUCCUCACCAUCGAGCGGUUCGUGUGGGAUGGCAAGAAUCAAUUCGGCAUCCCCUACCCCUCCUACUUCCACCCGCGCUCCGCCGACGAGCUCACCGCGUGGCAGGAGGAGAUGCGCCGCGCGGAGCGGACCCACCUCUUCGCCUUCGUCGGCGGGGCGCGCACCAAGGGCCAGAAGGAGGUUAUGCGCGCGUUGGUAUUAGAGCAGUGCGGCUCGUCGAGCCGCUGCCUCCGGCUGGAGUGCAAGCGGGGUUCCAAAGAUUGCCGCACCCCGGGCCGGGUCAUGGACGUGCUGAUGCGCGCCGAAUUCUGCUUGCAGCCGCAGGGCGACACUUUCACGCGGCGGUCGGUGUUCGAUUCGGUGCUGGCCGGGUGCGUGCCGGUGUUCUUCUCGGAGCACACGGCGUACACGCAGUACCCGUGGUACCUGCCCGGGCGGGCGGAGGAGUGGUCGGUGUUUCUGCGGCAGGAGCGGCGGGGGCGGAUCGAGGAGGAGCUGAGCCGGAUACCGAAGGACGCGGUGGCGCGGAUGCGGGAGGUGGUGAUCGGCAUGAUCCCGCGCUUCACCUUCGCGCACCCGAACGCCAGCUGGGCCGAGGGGCGGCGCUUCCGCGACACCGUCGACGUUGCGCUCGCCGCCCUCACCAAGCGUGUGCGGGACGCGCUGAGUGAGUCCGAGAACAAUAGUACACGACCGAAGUAAAUUAAAUUGGAGAAGAUAGAUCGAUCUGCUUUAAAUUCGUUUAUAUUGUUUGCUGUUACAUAUUCCCUAUUAUUCCUUUUUUUAGUAUUUGAUUCAGCUUCCAAAUUGUACUCUGCCUUGAGCAAGCUCCAACCAUAUGUUCUUUAGGAGUGCAACAAGAUGCUGAUCUAAACUGGAAUAGUUUUUAACUCAAAAGGCCGGUCCAAAAAGAAUCAGAUCAGAAAUAAUUGUAACAUUCUUUUGCUCG